UCCUAGUAGCUUUGUCUGCCGGGCCAGCUUUAGGCUUAAAUUAUUGCAGAGCUAUGAUUUAAUUUUGAAGUAUGUGUGUAUCAGGCACUUCCUGCCAUAGGAAUAUUUCUGUGUGGAGGCAAGUGGUCAUCUUGGCUUUGCUCUUUUGAGGGAGGAAUGUAAGUGCACGACAGUUUGUAAUCUCACCGGUAUUUCUUGUGAGUUUUAGGAUCUUUUCUUAUGUCUUUUAAAACACUUGCCAGAAAUAUGUAUACACCUCUAACAAACUUGCUCAGACUUCUGUGUUUUGAACUUUACAGAUAAACACUGCUGGAUGAAAUUCAUGUUUAUGCUUUUGAAGGUAGAUAAAUUCAAAUUUAGCACCUCAAAAGUUCCAAGUAAUUUUUUGAGGGCUCUCAAAUGAAGUAAAUAUCCAGACAAACUUGGUGAGACACAGCAUGACAAGCAGGCUUUAGCUGACCUUUUGAGAAACUAGUUGUUCUCCAACAUUUGACUCGCAAAUCACAACAAAAGUUGAAGUGAAUCAAUCACAUAAGCUUUCCUUUAGCCAUAGAUCAUACACAUAGAAUAUGAUAUGCUCAGAAUUAUUCAUCAAGAUAUUAAAAGGCAGAUUUGUGUAAUAUAUUUCUUCUAUGAAGUUAAUAGUUGAGAUGGCCAACUCUGCAAUCCAUGAUUUUCCUAUUAAGUUAGGACCCACUGUUGUGACCUCUGAAAUCAGUUUAGCUGGCUAGAGUCUCUAAGCCCUGGUUAUCACACCAAACAAAUAGAUUUUGGGACUACAACUCAAAUAUUUGUGUUAACUUUUAACUGACAUAGACAAUGAAUAAGCUUUUCCCUUGGACCUCUCUGUAAAUUUCAGAAGUAAUGAGGACCAAAUGUGAGAGAGGUUGUGUGGGCUGUAGCCCAAACAUGUGGCAUAAACUACCAAUGUCGUUAAGUUGGAUCCCAAUUUGUGUGGUGCCCAGAGAACUUUGGACCCAUGGGAAGACUUUACAUCAAGUGAAAAAGCAACGGUGCAACAUGACAUUUGAAGAUUUUGAGAACUACUCUUACUUCUACGACUUGUCUGAGGAAGAUGAAUCACCCCAGUCCUCCCUCAGCAUUGCCCAUAUGAUUUCCCUUUCCUUUUACAGUGUGGCAUUUCUGCUGGGAGUGCCAGGUAAUGCCAUAGUCAUCUGGUUUAUGGGCUUUAAGUGGGAUAAAUCUGUUUCCACACUCUGGUUCCUCAAUCUGGCCAUUGCAGAUUUCAUUUUUGUUCUCUUCCUGCCCCUCUAUAUUACAUAUGUGGCAAUGGGCUUCCACUGGCCUUUUGGGAAGUGGCUGUGUAAAAUGAACUCGUUCAUUGCACUACUUAAUAUGUUUGCCAGCGUUUUCUUCCUGACAUUCAUCAGCCUUGACCGCUACAUCCGCCUAGUCCACCCAGUCUUCUCCUACAAGUAUCGGACUGUAAGGAACACCCUCAUUCUUAGUGGGAUCAUUUGGAUGUCAGCUGCAAUUAUUGGUGGCCCUGCCUUAUACUUUAGAGACACAGCUACAGUUCUCAACAAUGUCACCAUUUGCUACAACAAUUUCCAUGUACAUGACAGAGAACUUAUAGUGCUGACCCAUCACAUUCUCAUUUGGGUGAGGCUUGCGUUCGGUUACCUCUUUCCUCUAGUGACUAUGGUCAUUUGCUACUCGUUGCUGAUUGUCAAAGUGAAAAGAAGAACUGUAUUGACUUCCAGCAGGCUUUUCUGGACCAUCAUUGCUGUAGUUGUAGCUUUUUUUGUGUGCUGGACACCGUAUCACAUAUUCAGCAUUGUGGAGCUCUCUGCUCACCAUGAUGAAAACUUGCAUGGCUUACUGCAGGAUGGCAUUCCCCUCUCCACUGGCCUUGGUUUUAUCAACAGUUGCCUGAAUCCAAUCCUCUAUGUUCUGAUAAGCAAAAGGUUCCAGGCCCAGGUCAAGACAACAGUCUCUGAGGUGCUAAAACUGGCACUGUGGGAGGUGAGCCGCUCAGGGACUGUCAGCGAGCAGUUGUGGAGCUCCGACAACACCCAUGCGCCCAUGCACUAUUGUGAAACCGCUCAGUGACUGCUCUUGUCACCAUCCUUCACCAAAGAGCUGACAGGAGGUUUGAAGGUGUUCUUGACUUCGCCUCUGCCAGUCAGAUGUGCAUCUUUGCAUAUACAGUUUUAUGUCAACAGCUAGCUUCGUUGCACUUGCUGCUUUCCUUGAAAGGUUUUAAAAGGACACAUCAUCCGGGUGUGGUGUGCUCGCAACGCG